AUUCUGCAGACGUCUCGUGAACUAAUAACGCGCUUAUACUUACUCGUACCUACAUAAUUAGUAUAUAAAUAUUUUGAUGACCCGAUCCGACUUAAAGCCGGUUAUCCGUUAGCGUUGGUUUUUUUAGAUUCUCUCGGUAGCGUCAGUCCUCUGUACUUGUUAACUUGGGACGCCGGCCUGACAAAAGUAAAUCAGGAUGAACGAAAAUACCUUUAUGGAUGCGCCGUGUUUCAAGACGUCCGUGAAGGUAGAACCGAUAAUUUCGUCGUUGGAGUUGGGCGAGGGCCCGCACUGGGACGCGUGGCACCAGGCGCUGUUCUUCGUCAACAUCUUGCAGGGCUACAUACACAAGUACGAGCUGGCUACCAAGCGACACACCAAGACUAAACUUGAUGGUCGCGUCGGGUUCAUAGUACCAGUGGAUGGUACUCGGGACCAGUUUGUGGUGGGUCUGGAGCGUACCUUCGCCGUGGUACGCUGGGACGGCGCGGAGGGCAGCCCCGCCAGCGUGAUACGGGAGCUAGCCACAAUCGAUACCGACGUGAUGCCCCCCACCAGAAUGAAUGACGGAAAAGCAGACCCGAGAGGGAGGCUUUUUGGAGGCACAAUGGGCUACGAAAAUCCAAUCGGAACAAUAAUACCCGAGCAGGGUUCAUUCUACCGACUCGACGAGAACGGCGUCACUAAACUGGACGAUGGCAUCGGCAUCUCCAACGGCCUGGCGUGGGACUUGGAGAGGAGAGCCAUGUACUACACCGACAGCUUGGAGUACAAAAUCCGAAGAUACGACUAUGAUGUGGAGACGGGAGAAAUAUCCAACCCCAAAUACAUAUUCGACAUAUCAAAUAACAGUUUGGGGGCAUUCCAAGAUGGCACCACCAUCGACUCCGACGGCAACCUAUGGGUGGCGCUGUUCAAAGGCUACGGCGUCGUCCAGAUCGACCCCACGGGUAACAUUCUGCAGAGAGUCGAAAUACCAUCCCGGCAAGUCACCUCCGUGGCCUUCGGAGGCCCCAACUACGAUAUACUGUUUGUGACCUCCGCCUGUUUGGAUCUAAAUGAUGGGGUCAUACAGCAAGGCUCGUGUUGUGGAUGUACCUUUAUGGUGACGGGGUUGGGUGUUAGGGGGUUACCGGCUGACAAUUUCAGGCUCAGUGACAAGAUUAAGCCUGGAACUACGAAGGGGUCUAAGGGCGAAACAUCUGAUAAGAGACAAAAAGAAAAAGAUUGCUAAAACAUACUACAGCUUAACUACCAACGUGUUGACUAAAUAUUAAACAUUUUUAACCGACUUCAAAAAGGAGGAGGUUCUCAAUUCGGUCGGUAUUUUUUUUUUUUUUUUUAAAUAACACAGCUAUGGGGAACAUCGUUUUGAUUUGUGAAUCUUUUUCCUUCGCCGUUUGUAUAAGAAAUUUCUUAAAAUGUACUUGUUGAAGAGUUGGAGAUGCGUGCCCCGGACUGGAUUCGAACCUACGCCCUCCGAAACGUGGUCAUCAUCCACUGGGCUAUCACGGCUGUAUAGUACUUACUAAUUGCAUUUGGUACUUAUUUACCAUUUAAAUUGAAAUGGGCUAAAUGAUCAUUUUAAAGCGAAAUAAAUGCAAACAAUAAUA